AUGCGCUUUGCCCACCUCGCGACCCUCGCCCAUCGCCCACCCACCGUCCGUCGCCCUCGCCGCCUAGCCGCCCGUCGACCUCGCUUCCCUCGCCCAUCGCUCUCGCUUCCCCCGCCAGUCGCUCUCGCUUUCCCCGCCUACCUCCCUCGCCUCGCCCGUCCCCCUCGCUGCUUCCCCGCCCGCCGCCCUCGCUUCCGCCCGUCGCCCUCGCAUCCGCCCGUCACCCGCCCUUCCGCCCGCCGUCCUUCCUUCCCCUCGUCGCGCUCCCUUCCGCCCGUCGCCCUCCCUUCGUCUUGUCGCCCUCCCGUCCUCCCGUUGCCUUCCCUUCCGCCCUCCGCCCUUCCUUCCCCUCGUCGCGCUCCCUUCCGCCCGUCGCCCUCCCUUCGUCUUGUCGCCCUCCCGUCCUCCCGUUGCCUUCCCUUCCGUCCUCCGCCCUUCCUUCCCCUCGUCGCGCUCCCUUCCGCCCGUUGCCCCCCUUCGUCUCGUCGCCCUCCCUGCCGCUCGUCGCCCUCCCUGCCGCUCGUCGCCCUCCCUGCCGCUCGUCGCCCUCCCUGCCGCUCGUCGCCCUCCCUGCCGCUCGUCGCCCUCCCUGCCGCUCGUCGCCCUCCCUGCCGCUCGUCGCCCUCCCUGCCGCUCGUCACCCUCCCUCCCGCUCGUCCCCUCGCAAUCCCCGUCUAUCUCUCUCCCCCGUCGCCCUCGGUUUCCCCGCCGCCCUCCCAUCCACUCCUCGUUGCCCUCGGCAUCCCUCCCUUGCUCCCUUCACAUCUCGCACACUUGUCACGCCCCCUUUCCAACCCGCACUUACACCCUUCCCUCUCCCCAAUAAUUGCCUUUCACCCCCACACAGCUUACCUCUCUUCCUCUUCCCCCCAUCAAUUGCCCUGCUCCCCACCGUCCUCCCCCCAGCUCUCUCCCCGGCAUCUCUCCCGCUCCCCACGUCCUCUUCCCUGUUUCCCCGUAUCCCCUGCAAUGCUUCCCCCAAACUUCUUCCCUGUUUCGCCGUAUCCCCUGCGCUGCUUCCCCCCAUUCUCUGACUUGCUUCCCCCCAUCCCUUUCCCUGCUCCCCCCCGUCCACUCCCUUGCCUCCCCCCAUCCCCGUCCCUGCUUUCCCCCAUCCCCUUCCCUGCUUCCCCCCGUCCCCUCCCCUGCCCCCCCCCAUCCCCUUCCCUGCUUCCCCCAUCCCCUUCCCUUCUUCCCCCCAUCCCCUUCCCUGCUUCCCCCCAUCCCCUUCCCUGCUUCCCCCCAUCCCGUUCCCUGCUUCCCCCCAUCCCCUUCCCUGCUUCCCCCCAUCCCCUUCCCUGCUUCCCCCCAUCCCCUUCCCUGCUUUCCCCCAACCCCUUCCCUGCUUCCCCCCAUCCCGUUCCCUGCUUCCCCCCAUCCCGUUCCCUGCUUCCCCCCAUCCCGUUCCCUGCUUACCCCCAUCCCCUUCCCUGUUUCCCCCCAUCCCCUUCCCUGUUUCCCCCCAUCCCCUUCCCUGCUUCCCCCCAUCCCCUUCCCUGCUUCCCCCCAACCCCUUCCCUGCUGUCGACCUCGCUUUCCCCCUCCCGUCAACCUCGUUUUUCCACUCCCGUUGACUUCACUUUCCCCCGUCCGUCGCCCUCGUUUCCGCUCCCCUUGCUCCAUCUGUUUCCCCUUGCUCCAUCUGUUUCCCCUUGCUCACUCUUUUUCGCCCUUCUCACACUCUUCCCCCUCCUCUUUUUCCACCUUGCUCACUAUAUUCCCCACUACUCACUCUCUUUCCCUCUGCUCACUAUCUUCCCACCAGCUCACUCUCUUCCCCCCUCCUCACUAUGUUUAGGGUUGCUCACUCUGUUUCACCCUUGCUCGCUCUGUUUCACCACUGCUCCCCACCCCCCUUCUCUUCUCACUCUCUUCCCCCUUGCUCACUCUCUUCACUUCUGCUCACUCUGUUUCCCACUGCUUCCUCUCUUCCCCCCUUCUCACUCUGUCCCCCGCUGCUUCUUCUCUUCCCUUCUGCUCACUCCUUUUACUGUCUUUUCCCCUUCACUCACCCCCAUAUCCCCAAUGCAGGGUACAGGUGUCCAGCACCAGAUGUUGUGGCUUUACCACGGCCUGGUUCAUUGA